GGAGACCAGUGGGGUACACCUGCACCAGAGCAUGACAACUGCAUCUGCGAAGGUUCGGACCGUUUCUGCUACCAUGUGGACUGCCUCCCUGGUUCCAAGAUUGCCGGUGACUCCGUUGGGCCUUGGAAGUGUGAAGUCGAUUUCUCCACUAGAGGCAUAACAGGAUCAGCUCUAACGGUGAAAGAGAGUGAAAAGCGGAUAGCUCCCCUCGCAGCAUUCGGACUUUUUGCAGGGGUAGUGGGGAUAGUCAACUUCAUUUGGAGCCGCGUGGGGGCUGCACAGACAACGGCAAAGCUGAACGAAAUCCAAGGCCAGAUUCGAGCGCUGGACAGGAAGGUGGACGAGUUGACACAAAGCGUCAGUGAUCUACAACUAGGGCAAUAGUACCUGCAACAAGUUAUCCUGUAUGGCAGGGAUGAGCUACGGCUGAGGAACAUGCUGGACACGCUUGCCAGGAUGCGCGUCAGUAACGGGAGGUACACGGGGACCAGCGACAUCACAGGGUGGGCAGACAGUGUGCUGAGUCAUGGAUCUGAUGGAGUCCAACAGGUAUUGUACAACCUGUUGGACAUGGUGAAACCACAGUCAGCGCUCUUCGGUGGCAAAUCUCUCUUUGAAAUCUAUCACCAACAACUCCAAGGGAACCUACCUAAGUAUAGAGAGAAGAUGCCACGGAAAGUCACUCAGGUCUACGCGCUGAUUGGUGGAGGAUAUGCUGUCUGGAUCACCGCUCUGCGAAUCAAGGGACGUACAAGUGAGAUUCAAGCCAAGGCACAAGAGGCGCAACAGAAACUGCAGAGUUUGGAACCAAGCUUGGGGAAGUACUUCCGAUAUGGAAGCUGCCCCAACGGUUAUCAGCUGAAGAGCAGGACGUGCUACAAAGCGUUCAACAGCUUCAAGACCUGGACCGAUGCCGAUGCCUACUGCCGCACCCAGGGACCGGGCGGGAUGCUGGCAAUGGCAAAAGACAGCGGCAUCAACAGCUUCCUCAUCAGCCUGAAAGAUGCUGCAAGCAACUCAUGGGGGUUCUGGUUUGGGCUAAAUGAUAGGGCAAGGGAAGGUAGUUGGAAAUGGCCAGAUGGUAGCUCUCUGGGAUCCUACAAGUACUGGUCACCGAUUGAGCCAAACAAUGGGGGUAAGAAUUGGUGGGGAACACCCUUAGGUAACGAAGAUUGUGUGGAGUUUUUCAGGACCGGGUGGAGGAACAGCAACUGGAACGAUGCAGACUGUGGCAAGACAAGAUACUUCAUCUGUCAACGGACACCCGAAGGACUCUGAAGACUCAGUGAACCGGAUUGUUGAGACAAGACUGUUACUGUAAAUGCAGAAACUUUCGUGGUGGUUUCAUG